AUGUCUACUAUUGUGCAAGCAAUCCAAGAGACACACGACUCGAAGGUUUAUCAACAACGUACUACCACUGUUAUAACUUUCGGUGGAAUUGAUUAUUAUCUUGAUCAAGCCCCAGCCCACGUAAUUUCUUUUCAGCCUUCCAAGCCCACGGACAGGCUUUCCAAUGGCCUCCAAGAAAACCUGCUUCCGUGCACAGUAAUCAAUUGGUCGAAAGACCAGCUUUACAAGGAAGACCUGGAUGCUAUUAGUGCCAAAUUUGUUCUCCGUGAUGAUGUUUGGACGCCGGCGUUUCUCGAGGAGUGUACACCUACAAAACCCUUAGCAGGGUUACGUUUCGCUGUCAAAGACAUCAUUGAUGUGGCCGGUCUCGAAACAGGUCUUGGAAACCGCAGCUAUCGGAGGCUCUACCCGGGCCGGCCUUCUUCAGCUCGGUGCGUCGACCGCCUCAUCGAUGCAGGUGCGGUUCUAGUGGGCAAGACGAAGACAACCCAAUUUGCUGAGGGGGAAGCACCCAUACAAUGGACUGACUACCUUGCCCCCUUCAACCCCCGCGGCGACUCGUACCAAUCACCCUCUUCUUCAAGCGCCGGCUCCGCUGUCGCUUCUGCUGCCUACCCUUGGCUCGACUUCACCAUCGGAACUGACACCGGGGGCUCCAUUCGACACCCGGCAGGUGUUUGUGGCACGUAUGGCAUGCGAGCUUCCACCAACGUCGUCUCGACUGCAGGCAUAUAUUCGGUGUCGCCGCUCCUUGACAGCGUUGGAGUGUUCGCUCGAUCUGCUCCCGUCGUGGAAGCCGUCGUGAAAAGCUUGAUGGAGUUGUCCUCGGUCCCAUUGAAACCCCGAGUGAAAUAUAAGCUUCUAUACCCCGUCCGAGCCAAGGACACCAAGCCUCAAGACUCGCGUCGUUGGUUCCCGUAUCCCGGCGAACCAGGCUCUGCGGCAGACGUUGAGGAACUCUUCGAGGAGACCAUCCAAAAGCUUGAAUCACACCUCAAAUGCACCCGGAGCCCAUUCAAUCUCGAUGACUUGUGGCGGCAAACUCGUCCCGCCGGACAGGAUCAAAGCUUGGACAAGGCCACUGGCGGGAUAUACACAGUGCUUACUACCCACUCCUGCGUCCGGAACACCAUCGAUCCAUUCAUAGCUGAUUUCAAGGCCACAAACAAUGGCCGCUCACCAUUCAUCGACGCCGUAGUCAAAGCUCGACAAGACCACGGCCGAUCGACCACCACCCUGCAAUACGAAACCGCAGUACAAUCCGCCAAAACGUUCUCGCAGUGGUUCAGAGAGAUCGUCCUCGCCAGAUCGGCCGAAGACGAGUUUCCCUUGCUCAUCUUCCCCCAGAGCUGGGGCUCCCCAACCUACCGCGAUGACCCGGACAAAGGACCCUUAUUCUUCUCCUCUUUCUCGAUCUACAGCCUAAGCUACCUGUCAGGGUGUCCGGAUUGCACCGUCCCUGUCGGAGAAGUGCCAUGCCAGUCGCGCGUCACAGAGGCUGAGAUGUUCCUACCGGUCUCUCUGUCUAUGUUGAGCCCGCCCGAGACGGAUCUCCGAUUACUGGCCUUAUUGUCGGAGCUGGAAGGGAAGGGGAUUCUAAGGCCUGUACAAGCUGGGAUGCGCAUGUACGGGGAGGCGAAGUAG